GAGCUGGUGCUGGAGCCGGCGGCGAGGCGCUGCAAGGCGGAGAACGCCCGGCACGCCAACGUGCUGAAGCAGGUCCACCACCACCACAGCACCGUGCUGAAGCAGUGGCGCUCCCUCUGCCGCCUCCUCACCUCGCCUCGCUCCGCCUGGGGCUGGGGUGGGCCCCCGGGGUCCCUGAUCCCACCCCGCCCGCCAGGAACCCGCCGGAAAUGCGCUGGAAGCUGUCGAGCGCCGAGACCUACUCAAGGAUGA